CUCCCCUCAGACACACACGCGUGACAUCCAUUCCACCCGUCCAUGGCAUGGCAUGGCAUGGACCUGCCUGUCUGUCUGCACACGCCGCCACAUGCAAUCAAUGCAGUCAUGCCAUGCAAGGUUAGUAAAACAAGCCACCUACGUUAAUCACUCACCUCUUUGUACACCGCAGCCAUACACACACACACACACACACACCCCUAUACACCCUUUUCCCGUGUAAUUACGAUCACACCCCACCGUCAGUCAGCGAUACCAAUACCACCUGCCGAACGAGACGAAACUCACUUAGGCACCACCAAUAUUUACCCGAGUCCCUCUCACGAAGCCUGUUUGUUUAACCAGUCGAUUAAUCAAUCCCGCCUGCCUCCCCUUCCCGACCACUUACUUCUAACCUAACCAACGACGGGGCUCAUGCCGCUCCCAACCUCGCAGCUAACACCCGCACCCGUCGACAUCGCCCCCUCGCUGACACGAGCCCGCUUCUGCGGCGGCGUCUCGUCACCAUCACCCUUGCUAUCGCCCGAUGCCGCGUCAUAGUCAUCUUCGUCCGGCGGCGCGUCCGCCUCAUGUUCUGAUGAGGGGCACUGGUGUGUGUCGGAGCCGGUGGUGGUCGACGGGUUGGGGUUAGUGGACGACGGCGGCCGUCCACUCAGGCCCAGGGCACGACGAAUCGUGAGGUAGUGGCCUGGAUGGACAAGACAGACACAGCCGAAAUAAAUGCAAUGCUCUCUCUGUCGCUUCACUUGACGAACGUCUGGUUCCUUCUUUCCCCUCUGUCUAUGUGUACGUACGUACCUUUGUCGACCCGCCUCAAUUUCUUGGCGGAUCCAUCGUCGCCGUCGCCCGAGCGGUCCCCAUCGCCGUCGCCGUCCCCACUGCCCCCAUCCCCCCCGCCACUGCCCCCGCCCGAGUCGCGCACCAGCCACUCCUUGGGCACCUUGUCGUCGUAAAUGAACUUCUGGCAGCUCAUCACGACGCUGUGCCGACGGCCGAAGAUGGGCGUGUUCUCGUGCACGAUCUUGGUGCCCCGGAAGAUGACGACGUCGCCCUCCCGCAGGACGAUGCGCAGGCCACUGAACUCCCACCUGGCGUAGUAAUCUGCACCAAAGAAUAGACACGACACGACGUGCAGGAAUGUGUGUCUGAGGUCCGAGCACAAGGGCAUCCACACUAUACCUGCUGGUGUGAGUAUCUUUUUCUUGUUGCCGUCCUGGUCGAGCUCGUUGUCGUGUUUCCUCUCCUUGAUGAGGCUCACGUUGUGGAAGAGCAGCGACGCGGUCUUCUCCCGCCAGAGGCCGAUGGGUGUUAUGACCGCAUGUGUGCCGUCCAAAUCCUCGUCGUCGAGGUGUGCAGCCGAGGACACGUUGAAGUUGAGCCGACACAGCGGCCACAGACCCCCCCACGCAUACGGGAAAUGCGUGGCCGCCUCCUCCGUACGCUUGAGUGUCGCCCGCUCGCACAGUGACGCCUUGGUCCUCAUCUCCCUCUCCCUCUCGCUCGCCACCCACUCGCCCCAGGAGAACCGUUUCGGCCCAUCCCAUGGCGGCUGAGCACCGGCCUCAUCGCCAUGUGUGGUCUUGGCGGCCUUGAGCGGCGGCUCAGCGGCCGUGCUGUCGUCGGCGUCAGCAUCCAUUGAGCGCGGCGUCAUGCGAUGGUCGGUGUCGAGAAGGGCGAGGCGGGCGAGGGCCUCCAGGUAGACGUCGCGCAGCCGGCGGACGAAGAGCUGGGAGUCCUGCAGGAAGCGCGUGACCUCGGCGCCGACCUUUUCCAUGUCCUGCUCGCGGGUGGAGAGCUUCUUCUUGCGCUUCGCACCCUUGGACUCGGCUGCCUGUACUCACACAACAUAACAUACACACGGUUUGCUUGUCUCCGGUGAUCUGCAUGUGGCAGGCAACGUGUGCCUGAUCUUCACCGACCUCCAUGGCAGGAGUUUCCUUCAUGAUGGGGGCGUCGGUCUCGGGGUCCCUGGCAAACUGAAACCUGGCGCACACCCACAAUUUGAGAGACAGACAGACGGUCCAUAUCAGCCACCGCAGACACACCACACACAUGAAUGGAUGCCCUACCCGAGGUCUAUCAUCUCUCGAGGCGGAUCCGCCCGGUUAGCGUCGCGGCACUUGAAGUACUGCUUGGGUGCACGGUCCAACAACAUCUCCAUUGCUGACACACACACACACACACACAUCUCCAUCUGUCUAUGUAUCUGUUGGUGUACGCGUUGGCCAACCUCGCUCACCGAUGAACAUGUCCUUGUUCAGGCCAUCGUCAAUCCUCCUCCUCAACACGUGGAACAGCACCUCCCCCUCCUCAGUCAUACCCACGAUGUCCCGCUUCCCGUCGCCCAUCUCGUCAAACCCCCGCCGUGCGAACUGCUUCUUCAGGCCGUGAGAGCCGACAAUGUCUGGGUCAGACGGAUGCAGCUUCACGUAACACACCUCACAAUCGCUGCUCGGAGGCAUGACGCCACUCGGCGCCCGGUGUACAUGUAUGUUGCUUGCAGUGUCGUCGUUCUCGUCUUCACCCAUGACGGGGUCUUCUAGGCGAUGGCCGUCUGCAGCUGGUGGUGGGAGCGACGGGGAUGGGAUGACAUUGGAGGCUGCUGCAGACGGAGAGGCCAUCCUGGCAUCAACCGGGGUGACCUCUGCAGCAGCACCGCACCACGG